GCGUACUUACCGCGGGCGGGGUUGUUUGUGAAAGCAGCAAGUGAGCGGUGGAAAUUACUGCGGGCAGAGGGGCAGAGGGGCAGCGCCUCGGGGUGUCCGCGAGCAGCGCAGCGCAGCGGGCGAGCGGGCGGGCGGGCGGGCGAGAGAGGACAAGAGGAGCGUGCGAGCGGUCGAGAGCGCGAGAGAGUCGCUGAGAGUUUUCGAGAAUCGCAGGAGGAGACGGGAGGAGAUCGGAGCGGAGGUCCGGCGGCCGGGCGGACGACGGCAACAAAAGCGGCUUCGAUCCAUUCUGUCUGUCCGCAUUCUCUGCCUGCUCUGCUAUAAUCGCCCGAUCGGAUCUUCUCUCGCGCACGGCCUGCUGCUUGCUUAUAAGCUUCGAGCGUUCCCGAGAGAUGGCUGCCGUUUCCGCCUCCUUUGUUAGAGCUGCCGCAGCAUCUGCUGCCCUGCAGCCAGCAUGCGCCCAGCAGAAAUUGUCUGUCGCCAGAUUCAAUGGACUCAAGGCAUUUCCCUCUUUUAGACAAAGAGCCAUUGUGCUGCGCCCUGCAGCCAUCCGCAGAGCAAUCAUUUCAGCCUCUGGUGCGGAGGAGAGUACCCUUUCGAAGGCGGCGGAUCAGAGUACCCUAUCGAAGGUGCAGGACAUUAUCAUUGAGCAGCUUGCGUGCGAGAGGGAGAAGGUUGUCCCCGAGGCAAAAUUCGCCGACUUGGGAGCAGACUCUCUUGAUACUGUCGAAAUCAUGAUGGCUCUCGAGGAAGAAUUCCAGAUCACGCUGGACGAGGAGAACGCAGGAAAAAUUUCAACCGUGCAAGAAGCAGCCGACUUGAUUCAGUCUUUCAUCAAGUCUUAAGUUGACGACGCCACAUCCGAUCACACACGUGAAUGAUUUAUGGACGGAGAUGCCUAAUUGCUUCACAGAAACGAAGGACGUUGUACGAAGAAUCAUGGCCGGGAAGACGUUUGUUUACCACUCCACAUUUUUGAGAUGUGUCCAUGGCUUAGCAUUUUAAUUUAGGAACCGACGGGCAGAAAAUGUUAAGUUGGUGGUGCCUUCCACUUCAACACCCAAAUUAUAGGAGAGACUGGAGUCCAAAGGAAGUAGUCUCUUUGUCUCGUGUGCAUAGAGCUUAAUUACAUUCUUGCAGCUAUCUAUAAUCUAAUAAAGCUCGUGUACUUU